UUUGUGAUUGGCCAGUAUUUAUAUCAAGUAGGUCCCAGUGCCACCUGGGACAAUGGUCUCCAGUCAUAUCCAGGUCACAGCAAGCAGAACCAUUCUUCGGCUCUGAACGGAUCAGUCCAGUCCAGUGGAGUUUUAGUCCAGCCCAGUCCAUCUGCAACAGAAGCUAGCCUCAGACAAAGACAUAGGUACUGCACUGACUCAUCCACUAGCAUCACACACACACUCAGGUAGGCAGACAUAUAAAUCAGCAGGUGCUGCAUCACUGCUACAGUUUGCCUUACACACAGGUAGAUAGAGGGAGAUCUGGCUGACUGCACAAACCUGCAUCAUGCACACCGGUAAAGACUCACAUCAGGCUUGCCUCUGAACCAUAGAGAUGCUCUAUUAGGAUGAUAUUGAUAUCUGCAGGCUGUGAGACAUGAAAAGGAGCUGAAAUGUGAUGGUGAAGAGAAGAAUCUCUCAAUCUGAGGACAUCCUGAUGACAAUGAAGAUACCACACAAAGAGUUUGCCUUUUUAUGCUGUCAUCAGUCAAAUGCUGUCAACUUUUAAAACACCAGCUUUAUGAUAAAGCAUUGCUUGCCUUACUGAAACUAUUCCACUAUACCAGCAAAUCCUCAGUUUGUGACCUGCUCGGGACUAGUCCAAGUAUUUUUCUUUGUUGUAAAAAGAAAAGGGUCUUCUUUAGCCUCUUUGGUUUUUCCUCACUUCAGAGAGUCAGAAUUCCCAGAUGAUGCGGACAGACGGCAAAGGCCGAAGUGCUUCCCCUCACAGGAUAACCUACAAGUCUGACUUCCAUGCCAUCAAAUGCUCAUUUGACACUGGGGCCUGUCUACAACCAGGGACCAAAACUGCUCCUGCCACUCAGCGCUCUGCAGUGCACCCAAACAAAUUGCUGCCCUGUCUGUCAGAGCCCACGAUGUCCCACACCAGCACCAACAGCAACACAGGCAGAGGUAGGACCCAAAGCACCAGGGGGGCCAAGAUCAGAGAUAACAUUUUCCUUCAAAUGGACAGCCAGCAGUCCAGACAAGAUGGUGCUUCAGUCUUGAGUUCUUGCUCCACAACUCUCCUUCCUCUCCCACAUCCUACCUUGCAACUCCUAACUUCACCUUUCCCCCGAUCCAGGCAUUCAGUCACCUGUUCCUCAUCUGUUAAGAGCAAUCUGACCAGUGUCUCUACGCCUGAAAUGUCUCUGCAAGAUAAACCCUCCAGAGCAGAGGACAUUGACAGAGCUGCUCUAGCUCAGAAGUUUUCAGUUACCCGAAGGUUGUUUGAGACAAAGAUGAUGGAGGUUGGAGCUGCUGGGGGGGCUGGAGGACAGGUUCCAAAGCCUGUGAUUGGCAAGGGGAGCAAGGGAGCAGCAGAUGGGACAGGAGACAUAGAAAAGGAUGCAGAGACAGAGGCGAAUGGGGAAAGGAAGCACACAGAGGAGGAUUGGUUAGAUAAAGACAAAAACAUAAACCAUAUCAUAAAUACUUCCUCGCUGAAGCCUCAAACAGGCGCGUCGCUGACAAGGUGCACUAAAUCUCCUGUGCUGGAUGGCCCCGGUGAAGCAGCCAACAAAUCUCCCUCCUCUCAUGAUAAAAGCACAGCAUCACCAACAGAUGAAGACAGGGGAGAAGGAGCAGCUCUUAACCCCUGCUUAACUCCUGACACACUGAGAGCAGAACUAGUCAACAUCAAGAAUGAGUCUUCAGAAAGUGAUGAGAAUGAAGAAGAGAGGGUGUGGAGGGAAAACAAAUGCUGGGUUCAGAAUGAGAUGGAAAAGCAUAUGCAUACAGGUGUAGUAGAAAGUCAGGAGAUCUUAGUAGACGAUGUGUUUGAGGAAUCCAGCAUGGAAACAACACCAGGAUCCCUUUUUAAGCCGGAUAACAGUAUGGAGUUUAGACCAAGGGAAGAUGGGCCGAUCACUUCCCCAGAACAUAAUGUGUUAUCAGAAGACAUUCAACUGGAAAGAGUGAGCGAGGAUGGUGGGGAACGCAGAAGAAACAAGUAUCAGCAGGUGAAUGAACAAUGGGUGGGCAAAAGGGAGGAGCAGCACAGACCGUUCACAGCACAGACAGAGAAGAAGUCAACAGAAGAAAAAGAUGACUGGGAGAAAAAGACAGAUGCUGGAUUAGGAGAAAGUGUUGGAGGGGCAGAGAGGGCCACAAUGCCGGGAAAGGGUAAAGGUGAAGAGGAAUUUAGACAAAAUCAAUGGAAAAUAAGAAAAGAUGAGAAAAACACGGGAGAAGGAGCAUCUGAGCUGAAAGAAGAGUUUGUUACUGAGGAGAAACUGAGAAAUGUGGCAAGCAGAGGAGGUUGUGAUGGGAAGAGUGACAUAGGAGGCAAAGAGGAGGAAAUGGGAGCUACAGUAAUCUGUGGGAUUGAGAACAAGGCUUUUGUAUAUGAUCAGGACUCUCAGUCAAAUCCAGAUCUUUCAGCAUCACUUAAACAGGAGCAGGGACACUCUGUAGAUAAAGCGAGGCAGCUGGUAUAUGAGGAGAUUCCUGGUGUGCCUGAACUGGACGAUCAGGAGGAUGAAAAUGCCACUGAGACGUCAAACAGGAAGGUCAGCUUCUCCGCUGCACCGAUUAAGGUGUACAACACGUAUUCUAACACAGAGUAUGACAGACACAACGAGGACAUCGAUCCGGUGUCUGCUUCAGCUGAGUUUGAGCUGGAAAAGCGAGUGGACAGAAUGGAUGUUUUUCCAGUGGAAAUAGAAAAAGGUCAAGAUGGACUGGGCAUCAGUAUUAUAGGAAUGGGUGUCGGAGCUGACCAGGGACUGGAAAAACUGGGAAUCUUUGUCAAGACAAUUACUGAAGGAGGAGCAACACAGAGGGAUGGACGGAUUCAGGUGAACGACCAGAUAGUGGAGGUGGAUGGUGUGAGUUUGGUUGGAGUGUCCCAGCUAUUUGCAGCCACAGUCCUCAAGAACACAUCAGGCCUGGUCAAGUUUUUGAUUGGUCGAGAGAAAGAGGGGGUGGAAAGUGAGGUGGCACGGUUGAUCAAUGAGAGCCUGGAAAUGGAUAAAACAAAAACCAUAAAGAGAGGAAGCAGAAGCAGUGGGGAUGAGGACAAUGACAACAUAUCAGAGAAGGACACAGCCAGUGAAGAAGAAAAAGAGGAGGAAAUUGAAGAGGAUGUAUCAGUUUUGUCCGGUCUGGACAACUACCAGCUCUGUCUUAAAUACCAGCAGCUUCAGUCAAAACUACGAAGCAGAACAGCCCAACUUCAUCGUGCUAGAGAAAAGUUGAAGGCAUGGGAUGAGCAGCAGACCUGUUGGGAGAGCCAGAAGGCCGAAUUGGAGCAAAGAGCAGAGGAUGCAGAGGAGAAAGCUGACAAACUAGAGAAAUAUUGGCAAGAGGCUCAGACACUGUGCAGAGUUGUGAGCCAGCGACUAGCUGAUGCCCAGAGCCAAACAGAAAGUCUGGAGAUCAAAUACAGUAAAGCCAAGAGACUGGUCAGAGAAUACCAGAGCAGAGAGGAGGAGAGGGAGAAAAGAGAAGCAGAUUUGAGGAGAGAAAUAGAAGAUGGAGAGAGGCAACACAGAGAAACCAUUGAAAGGCUGGAGAUCCAGAUGACACAGCUCAGGCGAAAGGAGCCUGAUCCUGGGAGAGAGAACAACGCUGUGAACUCUGUAGUCACAGAAGCAAUGUUUGUGUCAGACUGGUAUUUUCCAGUUCCUGAUACAGGACGUCUAGACUCCAGCGCUCAGUUAGCCAGAGCUCAGCUAGCCCAGAAGUCAAAGCGCCAUCCGCCUUCACGAGACAAACUCAGAGAGAGCUUCAGAAAGCAGCAGGAGGAAGUGGUCAUGAAACCGCAGGAGAGCCGAUCGCUACCUGCUUUCACAGCGGUCCAAAACAGCAGAAGCGAACUGUCCAGUACUACUUCAGUCUCACCCUUCAGUCCUCAGCCUCCCACCAGCUCCCACUUGACCCCACCCAUCUACAUCACUGACACUGUCGUGUCUUCGCCCUCCAAAUCUGCAGCAUCCAGAAAAUCCAGGCGGAAAUUUCCUGACUUCAGUGGCCUUCGCAAGUCCCUCAGCAAGAGAAAAAGUGAAAAACACAGCAGACGGUCCAUGAACAGUGGGGGAUCAUGUGGUGACCUGGUAGAUGAACCUGUCAGUCAAGUGUCUCCGUCAGGCUCAGUCACUUCAAUGCCUUCCUGUCUGCCCUUCCCCUGGUUUGGAGAGAGGGGUAGAGAAAAAGAAGGGGAGAGUAACAGGGAGAGGUUACGGUCUGUGUCCAGCAGCAGCUUGCCUUACCUGACUACAACAGGUAAAAGAGAUCAGAGUAUUGGCUCUCCAGUGGGCAGCUCCAGCAUGGUGGGACACGUUUCUGAUCACUCACUUUCUGGACACUCUCACACUUAUACCUUUUCCUCCACUGAGACUUUGGACGACUAUCCAAUUCCCAACAAUAACAACAACCAGUGGCAAAGCCGACCAAUGUCAGAGUGGAACAAUCAGCAGGUGUGUCUGUGGUUAAUCGCCAUGAACAUGGAUCAGUACACAUCAGAGUUUGCUGCCAAAGGAGUAAAUGGGACACAGCUGCUAAACAUGGACAGUCAGAAACUCAAGGCUCUUGGUGUGUCCAGUCAAAGUGACCGGUCUGCCCUCAAGAAGAAGCUGAAAGACAUAAGAAAGAGAGAGGAGAAGGAACAAAAGAAGGAAGACAAGAAGCUAAAUGUGGAAAAGGAUGGUGAAGGCAAAGAGACAGAGAGGAUGAGGGAGGAAAAGCCUUUAAAAGACACCAAAAGCAGUGGCAAAACCAUACGGACUGAGUCGCUCUUAUAAUGGGGACAGGUGAAUUUGGAGAUGUACCACCAGCGCGAGGACGUUUGCAGUUUUGCACAGGCAGAGCUAAACUCAAACCUAAUUCUACUGAGCUAAUAGAAAUGGCUAAAUCAACUCCACACAUUCCAUGUCUCAUUUUAAUAGUUAAGAUUCAGAGUUUUGUUUGGGAUUAAAUGGAUCAAACCCAAGCACCAAAGUUCAAAUUCACAGCAGAUAUGUGUAUUUCUAUGAGAGGUGUGUGUGAGAAUGAACCUGUCUUAAUGUAAUGUUUUUAAUUGUGAACCCUAAAUUAUUCCUAGAAUGAUUUUUUUAAUGUGUGCUGAUAUUUGCACUCAGGUAUUUGCUGUAAAUGCUUUUUUUAUGUGUUAAUAAAUUAUGCUCAAAACUU